CCAGUUUGACGUAGACACUGGGAGUGGAGACUAGUUCCGAAGUCCCCGUGUAACGCAUUACCUUUCUGCGCUCCCCGUCUGUCGCUAUUCCGCUCUGCAAUGUGGUGUAGCAGAGUGUCGCUCCGCAGGCUCCAGCGCAUUGCCGUCGCGCCGCUCAACGCGUCCAGUCCGGUGAUCUCCAUGCAGAGAGCGAGCUCAACGUUACCCCGGGUGUACGUUACCCGCAAAAUUCCUCCAGAAGGGCUGAGGAUUCUCAGUGAAUCGGGCCAAGUUCAGUAUGAGCUGUGGGACUCGGACGACCCCGUGCCCCGGCAAGAGCUGCUGAGAAGGGUGAGGGGGGUGGACGGCCUGGUCUGUGUGCUGACGGAGAAGAUCGACGGCGAGCUGCUGGAUGCUGCAGGUCCCAAUCUUAGAGUGCUGAGCACCAUGUCUGUGGGUUAUGACCACCUGUCUCUAGAGGAACUGAAGAAGAGAGGGAUACGAGUGGGCUACACCCCCGACGUCCUGACCGACGCCGUCGCCGAACUGACCGUGGCGCUGCUGCUCACCACCUCCCGCCGGCUGAUCGAAGCCACGCACGAGGCCAAAACGGGUGGCUGGGGGACCUGGCGGACCAUGUGGUUGUGUGGAUAUGAACUGGCCAACAGCACGGUGGGGAUCCUGGGCCUGGGCAGGAUUGGCGUGGCCAUCGCGGAGCGCCUGAAGCCCUUCAAGGUGCAGAAGUUCAUCUACACAGACGUGGCGCCGAGACCCGAACUGGCCAGAACCAUACAGGCGGAGUACGUGUCAAUGGAGGAACUGGCCAAGCAGUCAGACUUCCUGGCUGUGUGCUGUGCUCUGACUCCUGAGACGCAGGGCAUCUGCAACAGGAAGCUCUUCUCACAGAUGAAGAACACUGCAGUCUUCAUCAACACCAGCAGAGGAGGUGUGGUGAACCAGGAGGACCUGUACGAGGCUCUGUCCAGCGGGCAGAUCGCCGCGGCAGGGCUGGACGUGACCACGCCCGAGCCCCUGCCCACCAGCCACCCCCUCUUCACACUGAAAAACUGCGUGAUCCUGCCCCACGUUGCCAGCGCUUCCUAUUCCACGCGUAACGCCAUGUCCGCCCUGGCCGCCAAUAACCUGCUGACCGGCCUGAGGGGGGAGCCAAUGCCGAAGGAGCUGAAGCUGUAGGUCUCGCGCUGUACACAGAACGUGGGACGCAAAACGAGGGCGCCCUCUGCUGUCCGUAUGUUAGAACUGCCACCAUGUGUCGUCCCGCCUGUCUUCUCUGGCUCGUGUCAUCUUUCUAAGAUAAAAAUAACGAUGCUGCGUCCAGAACUUCUUUAAAAUUGAACCAUGUACAAAUCUGAACUGUUUGCUGGACAACAUUUUGGAUUAUUCGUUAGGACGACUAAGAAAAAGUCACGUAUAGUCUGAUAUAUAUUUAUUAUAUAUAUAAUUUUAAUUUUAUAUAAAAAUAAUAAUAUCUGUAUGCAGUAUAAAAUACAGCAAAAGUACUAUUACUAAACAAAUUCGACAAUAUAUGUUUUAUUAUUGUGAAAGAGUUCAGAAGAAUAUUAGAAUACCAUGACUGUUGACUUCAAAGACCGUACGACAGACUGAUAACUAUUAAGCCAAUCAGACAUGUAUUAGGAGUACCAGUGACAUAUAAAUGAAACACAUGGAAAGGGCCACAAACUGCGCAAAUAUGUGUAUAGACUUCUCUCCUACGGUGGAAAUAACGUGGGCGAAAUGUACAAUUUGUUGAACCUCGAGGCUGCGUCCUCUUGCAAGUUGCUACUCUAAUAAAAUCGUAUACAGGACGAUAAAAA